GAGGGCGUUGCAAAGGAGAGGCUUCAUGUAGCGCUUCGAAGAUGCUCGCCUGGCGUGAGCGCUGCUUCAGCUACCUGUUUUCAAAAUCAAUUUUGCACGUCAUGGAGUCAUUGUACAAAGACGUUACAGCCCACUGCUGAGACAGGUUGGAGGAGCAGGGAUGUCUCAGGGACGAAAAAGAAGUGUGAGAGACAACUGCGGGAUCCUCAUCUAGCUUGGCCGUGUGUGGAUGUUUGUAUGGAUGUGUUUACUGUAGCUGCAUGCGGAUUUGAAGCCUGAUGGAAAAAAGAGAGAGAAAGCAGGGAUAUUUUGACAGGCUGAAAAGGCGAAAGCAGCUGAAGCCGACCCAACCAGAAAAGAGCCAGAAUGAACCGAGUCCAGCAAUCAUCUCCUCCUGUGGCACGGAUCCCAACAAGAAGGCGGAUCUGCACGGAGUAACGGAUAAACCACCUGCAGAUCUGGGUAAUGGCUGUAAAAGUAACAAUCAGGCAAAAAUGGAGAAAAAGAAGCCGCCGGGGACAGUAGAGUUCAUUGUGGGACCUGAUGAUUCCAUCAACAGCAUCGCUCUUAAAUUCAACAUCACCCCGAACAAGCUGGUGCAGCUGAACAAGCUCUUUGCCCGCAGCGUCUACCCUGGCCAGAAGCUUUUUGUUCCCGAUGUGAGUCAAGCAGAAACAGACCUGAAGUCGCCGGCGGCUUCUGACGCCUCCUUCACUAACGGCGUUUCUGACAAGCCCUUACAAGAUUGCACUCAAAGCUGCCGGUCAGCGAAGUCCAUCCGUCGGGAGUUCUCACCAAAUUCUGAAGAUGAGAGCCCAGCAACGGUUAAAUUCAUUAAGAUGAGCUGCAAGUACUUCACCGAUGGCAUGGGUGUUGUGGGCGGUGUGUUAAUUGUAACGCCCAACAACAUCAUGUUCGACCCUCACAAGUCGGACCCCCUGGUGAUCGAGAACGGCUGUGAGGAGUACGGCCUCAUCUGCCCCAUGGAGGAGGUGGUCUCCGUGGCGCUGUACGACGACGUGUCGCGCAUGCAGCUCAAAGACGCUUUGCCAUCAACGCUACAUUUCCAAUUCCCAUCCACCCUAUCAGACCUACCCCAGGAUCUGUGUCCUGUCUACAGGCCAGGUGAGUGGGAGCAGCUGCCAUCGGAGCGGGAGCUGAACCCCUUCAGUCGGUACGAGGCUCUGGUUCCGAAACAACCCAUAUUUUUGGAUGACAUUGAGUCUACCCUUUCUGAAACUGUGAGUACAGAGGGGGAGCAGACAGAAAAGUCUCCGUCGGAUGAGGGAUUUACCGAUCUGGAGCCAAUCAUCAACUGGAACACUGAAGAGACCCAGGGGAGCUCCUCGACUACACACUGCAGAGACAAUUAUGAACACGUAGGACCAAGCUGUCUCAACCUGCAAGAGUCCCGAGACCAUUCAGCACUCAGUCGAGCUAAAGGGAGGCUGGAUGACGAAGAGGACGAAGGUGUUGCUCAGAACAGCUCCGUAGAGGACGGAGAGUCAGUCUUAUCUGCCUUGGAGACCGAGAAACAGGGUAGCUCGCAGAUUAAACCCUUGAGCCAGCAGGUAACUGAAACCCAAGACAAUCACCCCGAAGGCACCAAAGAGCUACCAAGUAGAGUAGAAGAUAAAACACUCAGGAGCCUGAGUCUGCAGGAGGCUUCGGAGGUGGAGAGAAGAAGCCCAGACAGACUAGCAGAGGGCGACGGAGUCGGUGAGGAGGCGAGACAAAAGAAGAACCAGGAAUCAGAGAUGAGGUCCUGGCUGCUGAAGAGGAUGCAGGUUCCAAUAGAAGACAUGCUUUUACCGUCGGAGGAGAAGAGCAAAAAUCCACCCAUGUUCCUGUGCUUCAAGGUUGGGAAGCCAAUGAGGAAGUCUUUUGCCACCGGCAUGACCUCCAGUCCCGGCCCCUCGGUCAGAGUCCGGGAGAGGCAGCCAGAAUACUGGUUUGCUGUUCCUCAGGAGAGAGUGGACAGUCUCUACUCCUUUUUCGUCCAGUGGUCUCCUGACGUGUACGGGAAGGAAGCCCGUGAGCAGGGCUUUGUUGUGGUGGAGAAAGACGAGCUGGACAUGAUCGACAACUUCUUCAGUGACCCUGCGUCUUGCAGCUGGGAGAUCAUCACCAUUGACGAGGCCAAACGCAGACAGAGCUUCAGCAGCUGUGACAGAGAAUCUACGGUCGACGCUUUGCCCAUGCUUAUUGAUAACAGUGAUCUGCUGCAAGAUACACACAUUGAGAAGCUUGCCUGCCGCCUGCCAGCCCGCGUGCAGGGUUAUCUGUGGAGGCUGGUCUACAGCACUGAGAAACACGGCACCAGUCUGAAGACUCUGUACAGGAACCUGUUGGAUGUGGACAGUCCCGUGCUGCUGGUUGUCAAAGAUGUUGAUGAGCAAAUAUUUGGAGCUUUUUCAACUCACCCCUUCAGAGUCAGUGAACAUUUCUAUGGCACUGGAGAGACAUUCCUUUACAGCUUCUGUCCUGAAAUUAAGGUGUACCGCUGGACGGGGGAGAAUUCUUACUUUGUGAAAGGCAACACUGACUCUCUGCAAAUGGGAGGAGGAGGCGGCCAUCUGGGUCUCUGGCUGGACGGCGAGUUGUACCGAGGCACCACCACCAAGUGCGCCACCUUCAACAAUCAGCCACUUUCCGCCCGGGAGGACUUCAACAUCCACAGCCUGGAGGUGUGGACCUUUGAGUAGCCUCAUCUGCUCAGGCUCCUGACACAUCUACACAUCUUGAGCCAUUAGACAAACACUCCCAAGUCUGUUAUGCAUCACUUGGAGCCACUCAUGAAAGAGACUGAGUGUUAUGUGAGACAGAAGCUAGCGGCAAAGGCGUCUGUGUUCUGAAGGGGGCCUCGUCACGAGUUUACAUCCAGUUGCUUUUGCAAGUGGAAGUGCGACAAAAUGCCCUGAGCUCAUUCGCCGCCUUACAAAUGGAACAGAGGCUCCAGCUUCCUCGGCGUGAAGGCUGCCUUGCAGUGAAUGCUGCUCUUUGACUGUGUGGCUAAGACCUAAAGAGGCCAAAGUGCUCACAUUAAUGUUCACAUUAUUCCCAACAACACCAGAUGAAGGUCCAUGUAAAGGAACAGGAAGUCUCAGAAUGAUCUGGGCUUAAUCCUUACAGAAUUUAUAAACAGUGUUGACAAUAUUUGUAUGUUUGACAAUGUACAUAUUUAUGUACUGAAGAAAUUCGGAAUGUUAAUCUCUUUUUUUUUUUUUUUUGUUAUUGCUGCAGUUUUCUCAAAACUUGAAGGAAAGUGACAAUUGCCAGGGUUAAUUUUAACCCAUUCAAUUACAAAUGGCUAAAUUGUUUCCAUCUGAAGCAUUCGCUUAUUUUUUGGUGGUAACUUUUUCUCUUGUGGUCAAUCUGAAAUGGCAAGAGUGAGAUACGUUUCACUUUCCAGAUGAAGAAAUAUGAUCCAAAAAAUCUCCUACAGCCAGAAACAAGUUUGCAAUGACCACAUUUAAUGUUUUGUGCCUGACCUUGUAUUUUAUAAGAAUAUUUUUUCAUUUUAUUUUUAUAUAUUUUUAUUUUUACGAGAAAACUGCUCCAUUUUUUGAUAUUUUUUUUCUUUUUUACAAUAGUUUAUUUCUGUUAAUGAGUAAUUUUAUGUUAGAAUUUUUGUUAGCUUUUUUUCUGUUUAUUUUUCUUUUUUUUUUUUUACUUGGUCAUUGUUGUUGAGCCAGUUCGACAUGAUGCCACUUUGCACUACAGGAUGCAGCCAAUGCUGCCUUUGUGGCCCCUGGUAAUGAGCAUUACUUUAAUAUUACUGUUAAAUUGUUACCAAAUCUAGUUGAAUCUUUAACCAGAGAAGGGAAGUCCAACCACGCCUCACUCUCUACAUUAGCUAAGCGUUGAUGAGUAAAAGGGAUCAACUGUUAUUGCACUUUGAUGUGACACUAACUACACAAUCGAAUCUGCUAACACAGAAAUAAAGCCUCUUUUUGUGUCUGAUGCAGGCUUGUAGUGCAUGAAUACAACACCACUACCUGCCAUGCUCUGUUCACUAAUGCCCGAAAAAUGCUUCAUGUUAAAAUUGAGCGAUAUUACUUUAAAGCUGGUUGGUGUUGUAACUGUGAAUGCUCCCCAAGUAUUAAUUCUUGUGAAUCCAAAACUGCUGCGCUCUGUGAUGUCUCUAAGAAGCUAUUUAUUGUUAUUGCCACCACAUUUAAAUUUAAAUAAAUGUUGAACAUAUAACA